AUGCCACCACCUGACAUGACUGACCAUGUUGCCAAGCUACUCGAAGAAAAGGAGGGAUUUGAUGUCAGUUUCAUUGUUGGAGGAGAGAUGAUUGAAGCGCAUAGGUUUGUUCUUGCUAUGCGGUCGCCUGUUUUGAAAGAAGAGCUCUAUGGGUCAAUGCAGGAGGCGAGGCCGGGGCAGUGCAUAAUCGUCCAGGACAUGCAACCUGCUGUUUUCAAGGCCAUCCUCCAUUUCAUCUAUACUGACUCUUUGCCUAGCAGUGAGGAUACUGAGAUGGUCCGACUUUUACUAGUUGCUGCGGAUAGAUAUGCAAUGGAUAGGCUCAAGCUGGUUUGCCAAAGUAUCCUUUGCGAGGAUCUGAACAAGGACACUGUGACAACCACAUUGGCUUUAGCUCACCAACAUAACUGCCACCAGCUUAAGGAUGCUUGCCUUCAAUUUAUCGAAUUAUCAGGUUUCAAGGAUUUCAAGGCGAAUUGCCCAUCUUUCAUAGAGGACACAUUGGAGAAGAGAAGAAAAUCUUCAUAA